GUGUGCGCGCGAGUGCGCGAUACAGAUCGAUGACGAUACAGCUUGUGUCAAGUGAUGGGGAAGCCAAUGGGGGUGAAUUGGGUAACGUGUCGGAUGCAGUUUGGAAGAGGAGGAGGAUGAUGAUGAUGCGCCCUCGGUGGCUUUAAAAGGGAGAAGCUUCUGGACGUUAAAGCACAGCAUUGGAACCACAACGCUCCAUCAUCAUCCUCCAUUCUCAUCAUGAACGGCCACUGCAACGGUAACGCGAGCGACGUCGCCGCGGAGGAGUUCCACUGCAACAACGGCUUCCCCGAGGUGAGCGUCAAGAAGGCGGUGGUGGUGGCGGCAUCGGUUCACCGCAAGCUCCACGAAGGCUCCCGCAAGGAGGAGGAGGAGGAGGUCCAGUGCCGACUGCCUGCCCUGCAGGCCGCCUACAGCAGCAUCCUGCGGGAGCUCGGCGAGGACGUCGACCGCCAGGGUCUGCUGCGCACGCCGCUGCGCGCCGCCAAAGCCAUGCAAUUCUUCACCAGGGGCUACCACGAGACCGUGGAAGAUGUGCUGAACGACGCCAUAUUUGACGAGGACCACGACGAGAUGGUGAUCGUGAAGGCCAUCGACAUGUUCUCCCUGUGUGAGCAUCAUCUGGUGCCCUUUUUCGGGAAAGUCCACAUUGGGUAUAUUCCCAACAAGAAAGUGGUGGGCCUUAGCAAGCUGGCGAGGAUUGUGGAGAUCUUCAGUCGAAGGCUUCAAGUUCAAGAGCGUCUCACCAAGCAGAUUGCCAUGGGAUUAUCCGACGCGCUGAAACCCAAAGGCGUGGCCGUGGUGAUCGAGGCGGCGCACAUGUGCAUGGUGAUGCGCGGCGUGCAGAAGAUGAACAGCCGCACGGUGACCAGCUCCAUGUUGGGGGUCUACAUGGAAGACCCCAAAGCCAGGGAGGAGUUCCUGUCCCUUACCCAGCAUUGAGAAGAUGGGAAGGCGGAUUCAUGAACAAAACAAAAACACCAUACAUCAAAGCUUGAAGAAUUUUGUGUACUGUGAUUCCAAGUGCCUUUUUUCGAAAUAUUUAAUAUUUCUAAUCAAUAUGCAAUUAUUAUUCACUGAUAUGUUUAAUGUUCAUUGUAACAAGUGCAAUUACUGUGACUUUUCCUACCCUGACGGGAAUUUCAUUGCUGCUUGUGCAAAAUGGUACUGUUAAAACCUUUUCUCACUUUAGUAUUAUUAUGCAAUUGUAAUUCUGUUAGUCCACGUCUUUGUAAUAUACAGCUUUUGUAAGAUAUGCACUCUUAUUUCUGUGUGGGGAGGAAGAAAGAAGAGGGCUGAGCGAGUGAGUUUUGCUUUUUUGUCAUUUGUAGCAUUUCUAUUGAUUAGUAUUUACCCAAA